AUGGCCGGGUUCCAGCAGCUUGAAGCCAUCGAGUGGAACGAAAAGUAUCUGUCCUCAGCCAAACACGACCUUUCAUCAUCGGCCGCCUCCAACAUCUCCUUAUCUGAAUUACUUGACAUCUCAGAGGACAGACCGGGCUCCGAAAAGGCCCUGAAAUUGCAUGAAGUAAAACUCAAAGGGAACGAUACUGGCUUGGGCAGCAUUGAUCUACGGAAAAACCUGGCAGCCCUAUACUCUGCGCGCUCUGCGGGGGUGACCGAACACGAUAUUAUAAUUACCAACGGAGGCGCUGCUGCAGACUAUACAGUAUUCUCCGCGCUGCUGACCCCUGGGGAUCAUGUCAUUUGCCAACACCCUGUUGAUGAACUGCUCUACAAGAUACCUGCAUCUCUGGGCGUGGACGUCACUUGGUGGAACGCAGACCCAGCGAAAAAGUGGGCGGUUGACAUUGACGAGUUAAAGACAUUGAUCAGGGACAAUACAAAAUUGAUUGCGAUCCAAAGUCCUUGUGACCCUACAGGUGCGAUAGUGUCCAAACCCGCUCUCGAGGCCCUCGUUGAAUUGGCAGAGGAAAAGGGAAUAGCUAUUCUGGCGGAUGAGACCUACAGGCCUCUUUUCCACUCGAUAUUGCCAUCCGACGAUGAUUUUCCACCCUCAACGAUCAACCUGGGCUAUAAGAAAGUCGUCGUGACAGGUGGGGGCGAUUCUCGAAGCCUGUAG